GUGUGUGUGUGAGUGUGUGUGUGUGUGUGUGUGUGUGUGUGUGUGUGUGCGUGCGCGCAAAAGAGAGAGAUGCGUCGAUUAGUAAUAAGCUGGAUACAAAUAUAUAAAUUAUGUGUAGUUGGGGAUUCAUUAAAUUAAUAUUUCCUCCCACUCCUUUUCUAAUAUGUAAAUUGAAAUAUUAUGUUUUGAUUUUAUGUCUGUUGUGGAAUGGCCACCUGCAUUUUUGUUUUUUUGUUUGUUUUUGUUUUUUUACAUGUUCUAAAUAAACACAAAAAGUGUGUGUGUGUGUGUGUGUGUGUGUGCGUGUGUGUGUGUGUGUGUGUGAGAGAGAGAGAGAGAGAGAGAGAGGACAGGGGUGUGGAUGUGUGCAUUUUAGAAUGACAGAGAAUGUGAGUGUGUAAUAGUGAUAGCCUUGAAUCACAAAACUCAAAUUUAAUUGUGUGUAAUACACUACUUUCUAUUUCUUUCAGAAAAUGCACUCAAAGAUGACAGAGUGUCAAGGGCAACAGCACUGUGCAGGAAGCUGGUGGGACACUUUUCCCACAGUUGGAAGAAGAAGGCAGCACUGAUGGAGGCACAGAGGGAGCUCAAACUCCCUGAGCACAACCUCAUAACGGAGUGCCCAACAAGAUGAGGAUCUAAAGAAAUGAUGAUUGCUAGAGUGCUUGAACAGGCCAAAGCCAUUUCUCAGGUAUUGUCUGGAGAUCGAUAUGCACGCUCCCUCAUCCCAACCUGGCAAGAUAUUGAUGUGUUGGAGUCGAUUCACAAGGCACUGCAUCCUCUACUGGAACUUACUGAUGCUCUUUCUGGAGAGGAGUAUGUGAGCAUCUCCUACCUCAAGCCAGUUCUUCACCUUUUUGCCACAUCAGUCCUGGCUGAAGAUGCUGAGGACACUGACCUGACUAAAUCAAUAAAAACCCAAGUCCUAGCAUACCUCAAUAAUAAAUAUGGAGACCCAAACAUCCAGGAGCUUUUGGAUGUUGCCUGUUUCCUGGACCCUAGGUUCAAAAUACAGUACAUCAGUACUGACAACAUCCCUGCUAUCAAGACCCGACUGAAGACAGAGAUGGUAGACUUAGCACAGCGUACAUAUCAUCGGGAGAAGAGGUCUCGUACUGAAACUGUUCAGAUGCCUCAAAGUGCACAGCCCUUGGGGGAAAAGGCGAAGAGGUCUCUUGGCAGUUUUUUCAAGACCAGUGCAGCCUCUCCUUCUUUGCCUGUUGAAGAUGUCACAGAGGCAGAGUUAAACAAUUACCUGAUGACUCCUACCAUUGAUGGAGAAGAUGAUACCUUGGCUUGGUGGAGGGUGCACAAGAUCAGCUACCCACAGUUGUGCAUCAUGGCCCGCAAGUAUCUUUGUGUACCUGCCACAAGCGCUCCCUCAGAGCGUCUUUUUAGCACAGGAGGGAAUAUUGUGACUUGCACUCGCUCAUCCUUGAAGCCAGCAAAAGUCAAUAUUCUGGUUUUCUUAGCAAAAAAACCUGUGAGCCACUUAGAACAAAACUGUUGGAUCAUUAUAGCUGGCAGUGCCAUACUCGUAGUGAACUUUAGUCUGUGUGGUGUGUUAUUGUUGUGUACUUGAUAAGUGAGGUUGAUCUAUUCCAAAUUAUAAUAUUCAAAUAGUUUUUGUCUAAUUUAAAAGUGCAUUUCUCCAUUUUUUUAUUUAUAACUUUAUUUAUUUUGAUUUUACUAAAUAUUUUCAAAGCAAAUGCUGUUGCAGUUGUGUGAAAUGUUACUGACUUUGGAGCAGUAAGAUAAUUAUUAUUUUUAAUUA